AUGUCCUUCCGUAGCUCUAGCUCCUCACCGGACAUUCUUGGGCCACCUGGCGACGUCGAGUAUUUGGUUUCCUCCCCGUUCAAACCGUUCUCCGGGCGCCAAAGCGUCAUGUCGCCUGCAAAUUUCAAACUCCUUCAGACGCCGCGCUUCGCCAAAAGCAGAAGGCGCAUCAGCCUGAGUCCUACAAAAAGUUCGCAUUCUAUUCGCUUCGACGAUGUGGUGCUCCCCGGGUCUCCGUCAAGGACAAUGAACGGUCGGCAAAAGCCCCUUUCCCCUGAAAAGGUGCAGCCCGACGGGAAUGUGAGUCCGUGGAGGAUUCGAGUGACAUUGGAGGCAACGCAAGACGAGGAAAUGGACCAAGGCAGUCCUUCGCGCAAACGCCCCCGGAAUUCUACCAUGACAACCAAAGUGCCGCUGAAGGAUGAAGCAGACACCAUGGAGCAGACCCCCAAGAAACGCCGCGGGCGCCCGAGGAAGUCAGACAUAACGGUGCAAAGUACGACUCCGAAUGGGGGGAGCCCUGGUCAUACUCCUGGCCCGGGAGGCGCAAGUGUGCAAAAGAGGAAGCGAGGCAGACCUAAGAAAUAUCUUCCGGCGCAGGAUCCCGUAGACAACGUUGGCGCGCAGGUGGCAAACAGUCAGAUAGCUGAGCCAUCCGUUGUCGAACCCGAGCCAAGUUGGGCUCCCCUGAACCUUGCUGCAGAUGGGGAAUCUGACGAUGGCUUGCCGGAUGAUCAAGGCUAUGCGGAACCCUUCGAGGGUGACGUUCAGAUGGAGCAACUUGAUGAUAGCCCGCAGGAUCAGAGUCCUCAAGUUGAAGAUGAACGUACCUAUGAUACGCCAAAUGUCGAUUAUAUGGAUGAUGCCUAUAUGCAGAAUGACGAGAAUAUACAUUCAACACCAUCAAAGAUGCCUUCCCCUUCUCGGGAGAGCCAAAUUAUCUCUCCAGACAACACCAUAUACGCUGGUCGUACACCUAGGCCGCCUCGUCUCUACCCCACCCCAACAUCCUCAUCAUUAGUAGAUGAGGAAAGACAAGACCGAGAGGCGCAAAGCUCAGUUUCGCGUAACCGCUUCAGCGAAAGCGGAGUUUAUGCUACAAACGACCCUACUGAUGAACACAGAGAAUUUGAUUCUAUAAUGGAGAGUGAAGGGUUUAGCAUGGUUUCACUGGAUACAUUACCAUCGGCUAAACAACAUGGACUCAGCGCCAACUCUCAAGUGGCAAAGGGCGCCUUAAAGCCGUUUCUGGAGCGAGAAAAUAACGGUGUUUUGAGGCGGAAAUCCUCCAUCCGAAAUCAGGCCAAUGAAGAAGAUACUGGUCUUAUAACACAAGCUGAACCAUCGACUUUGGCACAAGAGAAGGGUGCUGUGGACUACAGGCCCGCUAGGACAUAUUCUCCACCCACUUCUCCAGCCCCUGUUCCGGUUCAAACCUCUACUGGACGGCAGCGACGGCCGAUAGCUAGGUUCGUGAGGUUAGUCCGUGUGGGUAUUGCUCUCGAGAGCGCUCUAAGGCGUCCGUACGACAGGGGAUAUACCGAGGGUCUUCUGUCAAGUCCGGAGAUACGUGAGUCGCAAGACCAGAUAUCCAGCUUAGAGACUUCUAGGAAACGAUUAGAGCUGCUGUUCAGCGACUUCGAUUCAGAAAUACAACGUGACUUACAGUCGGCCUUGAAAUUUGGCCAAGAGAUCGCGAAGCGACGAGUGCAGGCAGAGAUCGAGAACGCAAGGAAAGUCUCUGGGUUGGAAACUAUCGCAGAAACCACGCCAAAAGGCCUGAGUGAAGCAAGCGGGUCUCGGGAGCCAUCGCGGGAGCCUGGUGGAUUACGCGACUACGAUACACCAGGCUCAGAGAUGAGGCGCCGGAUGGAAGAAUGGCAACGGGAAAGAGAAGCUAUUAGCCGCGAAAUUCAGAUGGCCAACUCAAGCCAAGUCAUUGUCAUUGACAGUGAUGUGAGUGGCCCCCCGAGCCCUGAGGGUGGCAUAGCUGCUCCUGAAGCUGAUGAAGAGCCUGAGUGGGGCUCUGACAUCGACCGUGGAGACGCAGAUGCGCCAUCAGUACAUGGCAAACCUGAAGAUGAUCACUUUAGUGAGCAAGAGGAGGAAGACGAAGAUGAUGGGUACGAAGAUAUCUGGCAACAAGAAGCUAAUGAUAGAGGCGAUCUUUCGGACCACUCAUCUAUUUCGUAUCGUCAUCAAAACCUGGACAACAACAAGGAGGGGUCUAGUCCUCAAUCAAAUAGCUCGAUAUCUGAACGGAGUGCUGUCGGUAAUUCUUAUUCUCCAGCCUACUGGACCAAUGCUCACGACAAGGUGCCAUUUCUGGGCAAGUCGCGAAUUAAAGAGCUACGAGAACAGGAUGUUGAUAUUUCCGCUUUGUUGCGCCCAGGGGCUACCCCGAAACGCUCGCAUUACUACUACGGGCAGAGCAGCCCCCCAAGUACAGAAAACGGGCGAGAUGCCCAGCAGCCACAGUCAGCCGCAGGGUCCGAAAGCGAGGAGGCAAUGGAGGAUGAAUACGAGGAAGAAGAAAUGCAGGGAGCGAUGCAGGAUGAGGAGCAUCACCUAUUUGAAGAACCUCCGCAGUCAGAGGAUUAUCUGGCGUCAAGUCCCCAGAGAGGCCCAGGGGAAGAGACGUUCCAAUUGGACCCAACUACGAAUUUUGAAAAUGCAAGACAACACUCGGAUUUGUGGCUACAAGGGCAUGGCGACCAGAACCCUUCAGAUGUAGUUUCGCCUGAACCACAAACCGCUCACGAGACACCUGUCCUCACCCCCGACUGGCUGAGAGUACCAAAAAGAAAAUCAAUCGAGGAGCCUGCUCUAUCUGUAUAUGACGAAGCUUCGGAGGACGAAGAUGAUUACGGGUCUCACUCGAGAAACGUGGAAGAAAACUACAUGGAGGAAACGCCAAGGCCGCAUCGGGGCCAUGAACAACAGAGCUUUUCUAGCGCGUUAGACGACAAGUCGCCAAAUGUAAAAGCAAAAGACGAUACGUAUGAUCGCCCUUUGCCGUUGGCUGUCUCUGGAUAUUUCUCUGACGAUCACUACAUCCUCCUCCGUCGGCUUUAUCGCCUGGCCAAAAGACACCCGGAACGUUUCCUUUACUACCCUGGUCCAGGGCGUUCGGAAAUCAUUGGUGAUUGGAUAUGGACGUCAGACGGCUUACAUGGGGUUCCCAUCACGGAACGCCAGUUUGCGAUUAUUGACAGGUUCGUGCAGGAGUUGGCAAAGGCCGACCUACAGGCCGGUGGAACAGGCCAAGUUGGCUGGACAGAAGCCGACUUGCAUCGAAGACUGAUCAGCGUGAUUAUUGGCGAACAGAUUCGGGAAGAGAUGAAAGCACGACUGCACGCCGAACAAUCAACAGCGGGGCAUUCGAGAAGAAGUCGUGCCCCUACCAGUUCGUGGUACUGA